ACGCACGAGCCCGGUAGAGAGUUUGCCUGUCAGAAUCCUGUGGAUAUUCAAGUAUUUGGAUUUAUCUGAGAGCUUGUUUUUUUAUUAUCACUCUUUGGUUGUACUUUACAUGCCAAAGCUGGGGGAACACACUGAAACACGACAGACUUCUGCGCGAAGCUUUACAGUUUUCGCCACAAUAAUUGGUUAUCGGAUGGACCAGCAUCCCAGCGCCCGGAGCUGCACCAGUCGCGGGGCUUCGUCCUGCGAGGCCGUCCCGACUGAGCCCUCCAUGAACCUGUACAUCCACUCCACCACCGGCACACGCUUCGAGCUCUCCCUGCCCCUGGAGGAGACCGUGGAAGGACUGAAGAGGAGACUGUCGCAAAGACUUAAAGUACCAAAAGAGAGACUCGCACUGCUACACAAAGAAACGCGAUUAAGUUCAGGCAAACUCCAGGAUCUGGGCAUAUCUGAUGGGAGCAAGUUAACACUUGUACCAACAGUUGAAGCAGGAUUAAUGUCUCAAGCAUCAAGACCCGAGCAGUCCGUCAUGCAAGCCUUGGAGAGCUUAACAGAAACUCAGGUCAGUGACUUUCUGUCCGGCCGCUCCCCCCUCACCCUUGCACUGCGUGUAGGUGACCACAUGAUGUUCGUCCAGCUCCAGUUGGCGGCACAGCAGUCUGGUACUCCCCAGCUCCAGCACAGACACCUCAUCACCCGGGGCAACGCAGAGACCACAAUGGGACAGCCGACAGGGCAGCCCCGCGUUCCCCACCCUCACCCGCACUCCCACCAUCACCCUCACCAUCCACACAGUCACCCCAACCCCCACUUGUCCCAGCCUCACCCAGCCCCCUCAUCCCCCUCUUUACCGGGAUCCCCUUCCUUCCCCCUGCCCUCUACACACCACCAGCCACUCCCUCCCAUGUACCACCAGUCGCCCUCCUCUACUCACUGUAGCCCUCCCACUCCUCCUCCUCAGCCCCACUCCCCUCGCCCAUCCCACAUCCCCGGAGGUAUGUUCCGGCCCCCUCCGCAUCACCAUCAUCACCACCACCACUACCACCAACCUUCCUCAGGCCAACCCAGCCACGACAUUGGCCAGGCCAGCCCUGUAGCCCCGGUCCUCUGCCCUGAGGCUAACUGCAGUACCAACACCAACAACAGCCCCAACACCGGCACCAGUCCCUCGGCACGCUCCCGCAAACCUGGUGCCAUCAUUGAGAGCUUCGUUAACCACGCUCCCGGAGUCUUCUCAGGGACCUUUUCAGGCACUUUGCACCCUAACUGCCAGGACAGCAAUGGGCGUCCCAGACGAGAUAUCAGUACCAUCCUUCAGAUUCUCAAUGACCUCCUGAGCGCUACACGCCACUACCAGGGCAUGCCCCCCUCCCUCACCCAGCUCCGCUACCAGACCCAGUGUGGUACACCCACCUCCCCAUCUCCCUCGCCUCCUCCUUCGCCCCCGGUUGCUGGCAUGACGGGCCUCUCUGCCAAAACUACCUCUGUGCCCGCCAGCAGCCCUAGCAGCCCUCCGCCGACUCUUCAUCCGCUGGUGCAGUGUCAGAGCCAGAUCCGCAUGUGCAAACCCCCUGGUGACCGUUUGCGGCAGACCGAGAACCGUGCAACCCGCUGCAAGGUGGAACGCCUGCAGCUGUUGAUGCAGCAGAAGCGCCUGCGCAGGAAGGCCAGGCGGGACCAGCGUGCUCCCUAUCAGUGGCUGCCCAACCGCAAGGCUGGACGCAGCAACAGUAACAGCAGCAUGUCCAGUGAGGGCUCCCUGGACCUGGACUUUGACGAUUCAGUGUGGAAGCCCGACGUCAAAGCCGACUUGAAGUCAGAGUUCGUCAUGGCCUGAACCACCUGAUCCCAGAGGAUAGAUUCAAAGAUGUGCAAAGCAUUGCUUGGGAUUUACUUAGAGAUGUUUUAAGGGAGUGGAUUGGCAGGAGGGGACUCAGAACUGUGCAAAAGAUGUCUUGUGCAAAGAGGAAAUCAAAGUUGUCCUUGUGACGAGCAUCUAUCACGUGGAGAGAAAAAAAAAAGGCUCCCUGCAGACAUUAAUCCCAUUCUGUCCUUCACAGUUGACCUUGUGGAAAACAGCAACAAUAGCAACAGAACUUUCUUUGAUGCUUGGAUUUGGACAGGCAACAACUGGACUUAACUGUGUACAAGACUUUUACGGUAUAAUUACAGAGACCAUACCUGAACUUGAGCAUAGCAGAAUUCAGUGGGUGGUGGUGGUAUUUUCAGCUUUGUCUUUUUAAGAUUUGUUUUUUUUAAAACGCACUCUGGACAGCAAUGAAGAGAUCCACACUGGACUAAUUAACAAGACAGGAGCACCAGAGGCCUCAGUGUUUCCUAAUCACAAAAAUGGCAGAACUGCCGAACUAUGGAUUAUUCCAACGGGCAUUCUUAUUGAUCUCAAAACUCACCAACCAGAGUCCAGUUUUUACCUGUUACGGGGUGGUUAAACUUUUUUUGUUUUUUUUCAUUUUGAAACAUAUUAUUAUAUUUUAUAAACAAAAAAUAUGUAGCAUUGUUCACAAAGCAUUCAGGUUUUCAUAUAACAGUUCAAAGUAGUUGUUGAUUUGCACAUUUUCUUGAUUUAUAACAGCUGGUCAAAGUGUGCAAGAAGGAGGUGGGGCCUGAAACAGAAUAAAAAAUGAAUAUGGAAGUAUUGAUAUCAACCUCAGUGACAUAGGGUAUCGAUAGGAAUUAUUAAUGAGUAAACAAAAUGAAUUAAUAUUAACAGAAAGUGCUUUAGAGGAUUUUAAAAUCUUUAAAAUGUAUAUGGAAAAAAAAUCUAUUUUUAUUUCUCUUCCUAUCUGCAGUUUUCAAAAAACAGCAGCCCUCUGUGGCUUCAGUCAAGUCAUUGACUACCAACAAACACGUACAUCCAUUCAAUCAUUCAUUAGCUCAUUCAUGAAUUAUAGUCGUCUAGCCACAACAGAUGAAAUGAAAAGAUAAUUUUCAUCCAGCCCACCUGUUUUACAGACCUGAAUGGACUUGUCGAAGGUUUGUAUUAGAUUGUGUACAUAAAUGUAACAAUUGGCACAGGUUUAUGAGGGUGUGUGUAUGUUUGAUUUUUAGUACAAAUUGAUUUAGAAUAUCCCAUGUUUCUGUCUGAGUUGUCUUCUCCCAGCUAACCCCAUAGUUGCUCAAAACAGCUGCAGUGAAUGCAUGGUUCACAACUCUUUAUACCAUAACCAGAUCAAUUAUCAAAUUAUAAGUUGGUUCCCAGUUAUAAGCCCAUUUCAUGUGUACCUUUUACCACAAGUCCUCAUAGUAAUGACUCUAUUUUUUUAUUGGCAAAGAGAGGGAGAAGUGAGAUCUGUAUCCAGCAUCAUUAUCUAGUGCCUCCACCAGGACAUCCAUUGACAUAUCAGGUUAGGCCUUUCACAGUUUGCUGCUACAUGUGGGGACUUUAAACAUUAAAAAAAAAAAACAAGCGGGAGGGAAAAAGUGACUUUUCUUUGCAUGCAGAAGUGUGAAUUACACUGAUCUUUUUUCUAUUGAUGGAAGAAAAAAAAGAAACUGGUGCUGUGGGAAUGAAGGUUAACAACAUGCAUGCAUUUGUGAAGAAAAUAAACAAUGCUGCUUUUGUUGGUUAGGUUUUGUAAUUUUUAUUUUUCAAUGUUAGAACAACAGUGUCCUGCUAAAGUAUUACGACGCAAAACCAAAACAGAUGAAGUUAAGUGUGGACUCACAUCUUGCUUAGCACUGAACAUUCCUGUUGUGUGACAAUGAAGAUAAUGAUGAUGAUGAUGAUGAUGAUGAUGGCAUUGAUGAGCAAAGAGCAACUGACUCUCUACUCCCCGAUCGCUGAUUUUACCCUCCAUGACUCUCAAGGACCCAGACAGCCUACAAACUGUUUAGCCACCUCCCCCCUCCUCCUCCUCCAUCUCCUCCCCCAGCCUGAAUGCCAACCGAGGCUCGUGUGGACAUACUCGCAGGGAACCAACAGACCAGUGGAUUUAUAGUAACUGUCCGUCAAACGUACUCGAGAGAAGACUGUCUCUUUAUCUGUCUGUCUGUCUGAUCUAUCGACCACCCUACCACAAUUGCACUCCCAGAGAUUGCAGUGAGAGAUUACCUUUUUGGUGAACCUCAUCUUUUUUUUAAGUGGCCUUACCUUUCACUAAAAAAAUGAGACACUUGGGGACAAUGGGGGCGGGAAUGUUUUUUUUGUUUUUUAAACUUUCUGUGUAUCGUUGUCGGACUUGUUGUCAUCAAGGCACCAUUUUUGUCACUGAGGACACUGGGCAUCUGUUGUUUAGUGCUUUUAGCUGGUGGAGUCUCUAUUAUGUCAAGGCUUCUGUGCCUUAAAAUGUUGCCCUUGCAGUGUCAAUGUCAGAUUUAAGCUGAACAAGUUGUUUUCAUUGAUUGAUACACACGACUGUAGUAUUUGCAGCCAUGAGAGUCGUAGAUUUUAGGGGUAAAGCUUUGUUUGAGUGAAUCAAAUACUAUUCAAAAGUUGGUGUUGUUCCUCAAAUAUUGUCUUUGUCCCAUUACUUCAUUGUGUUGCCAUGCUUGUUGGUCUCCGUUGUCUGAAACUCACAUCCCUCUUGACUCAGUCCUCCCACCAACAAGCUGCAAAAAGCUACAAAUCUGUGUAACUUAUGUUAACUGAGGAAGUUUACACCACAGUACUUACGUGGCAUGAAACAGCCCUGAUUCAGAAUAAGAACGGUCCUCUGAGGACUCUAGACUACAUGCACUUCCUGUUUCCUUGGAUACAACAUUAUUAAAAGGACAAUUGAUCCCCAGCCCCUCCCAAAUUUUAUUUAAUUUUUUUGUAUAUGUAUGAACUAUACUCUGUGUGUGCCUCACUUCUGUGUGAAACUCAAAAAGAUGAAACAAAACAAAAAAGAUGACAAAGCAUUACAGAGAGGAAAAAAACAGUAUGUUGGUGGAAUUCUGAUCACGUCAUUUAAGUUGCCUGUUCUUUCUUGUAGCCAACUAUUGAAAAUAACAGGAUUCAAGAAUACAAUUUACAAUGUUCUAGCUCUAGACCGGUGUAGCACAUGUGUGACUGUAUUAAUUUAUGAAACCAAAAUGGUAACUGUGAAUUAUGUAUUUCUUUGUGCAUUUUUUUAAAAGUGGGGGAGACGGUUGUUGGGACAUAUUAGCAGCUGUUGCUUGUGUCCGAAAAAAACUUGUUUUUGGUGGAAUAUAAUGGAAACAAACAUGUUUCCGAAAAAGAAAAAAAAGGGGAAAAAAAAUUUAAAAAAUGAAAAAAAUAUAUGAAUAUAUUUUUUUUCUUAAGCAAUACAUUUCAGUGUGACUUGUGAUAGAACAUUUUCUUUUUUUUAGGUAAUAAAUAAAUAAAAAAACAAAAUGAGU